GAUUGGAAUUUACUCGUGGUUCAUCUGUCUUAAUCUCCUAUAUAUGGAAGAUUUUUUAAUAAUUUUAUCCAUGGAAUUGCGGCAACAACUGAAUGUAAAGAGUUCUAAACAGAGAGAAAAUGGCAGCUAGCGCGAUAUUGAAGAUAACUCCUCCUCCAAAUUCAACUUCAUCCUUUGAGGUUAGAGUCAUUGCGUUAUCGACUUUUCCAAUUUCAUUAUGCGCUAGUAGCUGUAGGAGGAGACAAUUGCCAUUGCGUUGCUUACAUAUUGGAAGACCACCGCAAGGAUUAGGCUACCACCGAGUGUUGGUGUCGUCAUCUUCUUCUUCUUCCACUCCUCAAACCCCCAAGACAAGGCUCUUCGUAAGCGGACUGUCUUUUCGUACCACUGAAGAGAGUUUGCGAAAUGCUUUCCAAAAUUUUGGCCAACUUGUGGAAAUGAAUCUCGUGAUGGAUAAAGUAGCAAACAGACCUAGAGGAUUUGCUUUCCUUCGUUAUGCAACUGAGGAGGAUUCUCAAAAAGCUAUAGAGGGAAUGCAUGGCAAGUUUUUGGAUGGCAGGGUGAUUUUUGUGGAAGUUGCAAAGCCUAGAAGAGAGCUUCGCCAAGGCCUUCGACAAUCUUGAAGAGGUAGUUUUACAAUCUAUUAUGGAUGUUAAAUCUUUGAUUAUGUUAAGGUUGUAUUGGCUAAUGUUGAUUUCUUCAUUGCCAAUCUACAAAAAGAAAAGAAAAAGGGGAAAAAUCCAUUGAUUUUCCUUUUUAAUUGGUUUCAUAAAACACAGUCUAGGUGAUGUAUGCAUAUUGAGAUCCUUGGAAGCCUGGAAUUUGCUUGGAAAAACAUAGUAUGUACUAUAAUGGCUAGAUUGCAGUGGCUUCAGGCUGCAUUUUAUUACUUGCAGAAUAACUUACAUGGAUGGUAACCAUUUUUAAGAA